AUGGCGCCGCAUAUCACCGGUCGCACCAAGCCGACAAAGCCCAAGAAGCAGCAGCGCUCCAUCAAGCGCAAGCGAGACGAUGUCGACGUAGAAAAGCUCGAGCAGCUGGUCCAGGACUUGGACCCCAAGGGCAGCUACACCUCCUUCUCCGACCUACCACUCUCUCUACCUACUCAGGAAGGUCUCAAAGCCUGCCAUUUCACCACCCUCACCCCGAUCCAAGCACGAGCCGUCCCUCUCGCCCUCCAUGGCUCCGAUAUCCUGGGUGCCGCCAAAACUGGUUCUGGAAAGACCCUUGCCUUCAUCGUCCCCGUUCUCGAGAACCUAUAUCGCAAGCAGUGCGUUGGUCAAGAUGCUGGUCUGGGAGCCAUGAUCAUCGCUCCGACCCGCGAACUCGCCAUUCAAAUCUUCGACGUCCUGGUCAAGAUUGGAAGAAAGGGUCAUUUGUUCUCGGCUGGUCUGGUUAUCGGUGGAAAGAGUCUGCAGGAGGAACAAAACGCUCUUGCGCGUAUGAACAUCGUUGUGUGCACGCCCGGUCGCAUGCUCCAGCACUUGUCGCAAACUGCUCUUUUCUCGGUCGACAAUGUGCAGAUGCUUGUUCUCGACGAGGCCGAUCGUAUCCUGGACAUGGGUUUCCAGCGCGACUUGGACGCCAUCCUCGAGUACCUGCCCAAGGAUCGCCAGACUCUGCUCUUCUCGGCCACCCAGACAAAGCGUGUUUCCGACCUUGCUCGUCUGAGUCUGAGAGACCCUGAAUAUGUCUCGACCUCGGAGCAAGGCGAGUCUGCCACUCCCAAGUCUUUGCAACAAAAUUACGUCCUCACUCCUCUUCCCGACAAACUCGACACUCUAUGGUCUUUCAUUCAAACUUGCAAAAAGUCAAAGAUCAUCGUCUUCUUGUCGUCUGGAAAGCAGGUCCGCUUUGUUUUUGAAGCCUUCCGUCACAUGCAACCCGGUAUCCCUCUGCUUCAUCUCCACGGCCGACAAAAACAAACCGCUCGUCUCGACAUUACCAAAAAGUUCUCACACGCCCAACAUUCGUGCAUGUUCGCAACAGAUGUCGCUGCAAGAGGUCUGGAUUUCCCUGCUGUCGAUUGGGUCGUUCAGCUGGAUGCUCCUGAAGAUGCCGACACAUACAUCCAUCGUGUAGGUCGUACUGCCCGUUACGAACGUGAAGGAAAAGCUGUACUGUUCCUCGAUCCCAGCGAAGAAGAAGGCAUGCUGUCCCGUCUCGAAGCCAAAAAGGUCCCCAUCGAACGCAUCAGCGUCAAGCAAAAGAAACAACAAUCCAUCAAGCCCCAACUACAAAACAUGUGCUUCAAAGACCCGACACUGAAAUACCUCGGUCAAAAGGCCUUUGCCAGUUACGUCCGUAGCAUCCAUAUCCAAAAAGACAAGGAAGUCUUCAAACUCGACAAAUUGAACCUCGAGGAAUACGCAGCAAGUCUCGGUCUGCCCGGUGCACCCAAGAUCAAGUUCAUAGCCGGAGACGACGCAAAGGCAAGGAAGAACGCACCGAGAGCACAGCUCGACGACUCGGAGGACGACAGCGAGGGCGAAAAGGGAGCAGACAAGAAGAAGCCUGAAGUCCGCACAAAGUACGACCGUAUGUUUGAGCGCAAGAACCAAGACGUCCUGGCAGACCACUACGCCAAGAUGGUGCGCGACGACGAUAUCGAAGCACUGGAUGGCACGCAAAUGUCCGACGACGACCUUUUCAGCGUCAAACGCCGCAUCAUACCCGUCGCAGAAGAGAACUCAGAUGCAGCAUCCUCAGACGAAGACGAAACCACCACACCCGCAGUGGCAGAUAUGGAUUUACCUCCAGGCGCCAAAGCCGUACACAUCCCCGGCGCCAAAGACGCCCUCAUCAUCGACAGCAAGCGUCGCGAAAAACUCCUCAAAUCCAAAAAGAAACUGCUCAAGUUCAAGGAAAGCGGCACGAAACUCGUCUUCGACGACGAAGGAAACGCACACCAGAUCUACGAACUCGAAGACGAAGAUGCAUUCAAAGCAAAGGGCACAGCAGAAGAACAACGCAAGAAGUUCUUGGAAGAGGAGGCGCAGAGAGUACGCGAAAGCGAUCUAUUGGACAAAGCACUCGCAAAGGAGAAGAAGAGGCAAAAGAGGGAGAAGCGCAAGGAGAGGGAAAGAGGCGAGGAUGGUGUGUCAGACGAGGAUGCAGAAGAGGGAGUACAGCUCGCAGAUGCCUCGGAAGACUUCAAAAAGUUCCUCGCUGGAUCGGAAAGCGGAUCAGAAGGAGAGGAAGAGGACGAGCAGCCAAAGAAGAAACAGAAGAAGUGGUUCGAGGGAGAGGGUCGCAGGACGGACAUGGGCAGGGAAGAAGCUGCGCCGGAGACUCUUGCGGAUCUGGAAGCUUUGGCUGCUGGCUUGUUGGAUUAG